CGUUACUUUCACAAACACUUAACUAGCUCCUACAGGGGCUGUUUGCAGACCUUCGUCGUGCUGUACAACACGUGGGAAAGGCCUAUAAUAAACCCCAACGUGCCCCACCCGCUUCGCUGGAGAGCUGACCCCGGUGCCAGGUGGGUGCCGCCGCCUCUCAGGGCCCGCGCCUCGCGCUCUGCCCGGUGCCGUAGCUCAUCCGCCCGCCUGACCAGCCGCUUCCAAGCGGAGCCGACAGGCGCGUCCCACGUUACGCGGUUCUCAGCGCGGUUGCUAAGCGGGCCCCGUCCCCGCGUUAAAGGAAUCCCGCCCGGCCUCCUUUCGUCCCGUUGCGCGCGCCCCCCACGGAGCCCGGGGCGCGGCCCUUGUGAGCUCACCGCGCCGCCGGGGUGGCCGCCGCCCUCCGAGCCGGCGGCUGGCAGCGAGCGGCCUCUUCGCUCCUCCCUCCUGCCCCCGCCGCGGUCGCCGGCGGAGGGGCCGCCGGAGCUGACAGGGGAGCCCCGGGAGACGGGGCGGAGCGGCGGCGGCCGGAGGAGGAGAGACGGCCGCCCCGCCUCGGCGCCCGUCCCCCUUCCCCCGAGGGCCGCUCGCGGCGGCCGGCAGGGCAUGUCCGCCGCGCAGGUGUCCGCCGCGCCCGCCGAGCGCCCGGCCUGGGGCGCCGAGGGCCGGGACGGGCCGACGGAAGGGGCCCGGCGGAGAGAGCCCGCUUCUACCGGCGGGAAGGAGGCCUCGGAAAGCGGCGGCCGGCGAGAGCCCGAGCCCGAGGAGCGGCGACGGCAGGCGGCGGCCGAAGCCCCUCCGCCCAAGGAGAACCCGUGGACGAAGCGCAGAGCCGCGAGGGACGACGCGGCCGACGGGCAGCUCGUGCUGCGGGAGCCAGAACUAGAGAAUUCCACUAAACAUGUAAAAGCAGCGAAAGCCAGGACAAAGAAAUGCAGCAAGGCUGGUGAUUUUGUUGAUAUCGGAGACUGGCCGACACCAAGUGAAACAGCAAACAAUGAAUGCAAGACUGUAAGUCACAGUAAGAAGCCUGCAAACAGAAAAGAAAAGGAGGAGAAAUUUGAUCAGAAGGGCAAUAAUGGAACCAAGGACAACCUGGAGGCUAAUCCAAAUGGUCCAGGAGAUAACAUGAGUGAAGAUGAAGGUCAAACUAACAACCAAAGGAAAAAAGGUAACAAGCAAAAAUGGGUUCCACUUCACUUGGAUGAUGUAAGGUCAGAUAGUCAAGAAAGAUCAAGCUCUCGAAGUAGCUCGAGAUCCCAGCUGGAAACAAACAAGUUAAUACUUCAUAACAACAGGCGGAAUGAGACAAGAAAUUGGCAUCGUGAUAGAGAAAAGAGGGACGAUCACGAUGAAGUGUGCAGUGUGAGAAGUGAGGGUGGAAGUGUUCGAGAAUUCUCCAGAGGCAGAGGCAGAGGUAGAGGCAAAGGAAGAGGACGAAGCAGAGGAAACCCUAGAAGGAACUUUGACUAUUCAGUUGGUUAUCAAGAACUGUAUGGUGAAAUAACUGACCAAGCAUUUCAACCUGAGCUUAACUCUAGUAUGAUGUAUUACUACGAUGAUGGAACAGGAGUGCAGAUGUAUUCUGUGGAUGAAGUUCUUCUGAAAGAAUAUAUAAAACGUCAAAUUGAAUAUUAUUUCAGCACAGAAAACUUGGAAAGAGACUUCUUUAUGAGGAGAAAGAUGGACCAACAGGGAUUUCUGCCUAUUUCAUUGAUUGCUAGCUUCCACAGGGUGCAAGCUCUGACUACAAAUGCUACGCUUAUUUUGGAGGCCCUAAAGGACAGUACAGAAGUUGAAACUGUGGAUCAGAGGAUAAGAAAAAGGGUUGAUCCAGAAAAGUGGCCAAUUCCAGGUCCACCUCCCUGUAAUCUCUCAAGGACUGACUUUUCUCAGCUCAUAAAUUGUCCAGAAUUCAUACCAGGUCAAGUUUACGGCUCACAUACUGAGUCUGCACCAAGUUCUCCAGGAAUGGGAAGCCUGUUGAGUCUGAAGGAAAACACUGAAACAAGUAAUUUUCAGAUAAUAUCUAAAGGGUUGUCUACAAGUUUGCCUGAUCUGGACUCUGAGCCUUGGAUAGAAGUGAAGAACAGGCAUCAUGCAUCCACUGUCAGAGUAAAGGAGUGUGUUCCUAUACCUGAUCAAGUGUCAGGUCAGCAACAGCCGCCCCCACCUCCAGAGGAACAAGAACAAGAAGAACUUGACUUUUUGUUUGAUGAAGAGAUGGAACAAAUUCAGGGUCAUAAGAAUAAAUUCACUGAUUGGUCAGACAGCAGUUCAGAUUAUGAAAUUGAUGAUCAGGAUGUAAACAAGAUUUUGAUUGUAACACAGACGCCACCAUAUAUGAGAAAACAUCCUGGUGAAGGUCGUGCUGGCAACCAUGUGUGUCAUGGAAAAAUAACAUCAGAACUUGCUAAAGUUAUUAAUGAUGGCUUAUACUAUUAUGAGCAGGAUUUGUGGACAGCAUGGAGUGAAAAUGACACUACAGCAAUGCAAGAGCUUGAGAACUUCAGGAAGCUGAAUCUUGUUAGUAAGGAAGAAUUUGAUAAUCUUGCACCAGAACUGAUAACUGAUCAAAGCCAAGAAAUUCCUCUGGGUUCUUCAGAGUUACAGAAAGAGGAACUGGCUUGUAAUUGGUUCUGUACUGAAGCGCUUCCAGCAGCAACAGUGGCUCGGUCACUGCCAACUGUAGUUCCAGAAUCUCCCCGAGUUCACCCUGGUUGCACCCCACGAACACCUCGCACCCCGAGGCUGCAGGAUCCCAACAAAACACCCAGGUUCUACCCUGUCGUUAAAGAAGCUCAAUCCAUUGAUGUGAAGGCUCCAAGAAAAAGGAAAACACGUCACAGUUCAAAUCCUCCCUUGGAAUGCCAUGUCGGUUGGGUGAUGGAUUCCAGAGACCACAGGCCGAGAACUUCCUCUGUGAGCAGUUCCAAUGCUUCACCUUCAGAAGGAGCUCCACUUGCCGGAGGCUAUGGUUGUACUCCAAAUUCUCUUCCAAAAUUUCAGCAUCCUUCUCAUGAACUGUUAAAGGAAAAUGGCUUUACACAACAGGUGUACCAUAAGUAUCAUCGAAGGUGUCUAACAGAGAGGAAACGGUUGGGAAUCGGCCAGUCCCAGGAAAUGAACACACUUUUUCGUUUCUGGUCCUUUUUCCUGAGAGAUCACUUCAACAGGAAAAUGUAUGAAGAAUUCAGACAACUUGCUCUAGACGAUGCAAAAGAACACUACAGGUACGGGUUGGAAUGCUUGUUUCGAUUUUACAGCUAUGGCCUAGAAAAGAAAUUCAGGCGAGACAUAUUCAAGGACUUCCAGGAAGAAACAAAGAGGGACUAUGAAGCUGGUCAGCUUUAUGGACUGGAAAAGUUUUGGGCUUACCUAAAAUAUUCUCAGCACAAGACACCAGCCAUUGACCCCAAGCUGCAAGAAUACCUCAGUAAAUUUAGGAGACUGGAGGACUUCAGAGUGGAUCCUCCGUUCAGUGAAGAAUGUGGCAGGAGGCAGUUUGCUGCAGCAGGUGAGGAUCUGGGUCAUCGCAGACAUCCGCCUCGUUCCUGUAGAACGUUUCCUGUGGCUCAGCCUGCAGUGCUGCUGGAGCAUGUUACCAGUGGGAACACUGUGCAAGCACCCAGAGCAGGCCAUCCCAAUGCUGCCACAAAAUCAAUUGAAAGCGAUGUACCGGAAAAAUAGACUAAGCCUCACACCCUUGAGAAUCAGCUUUUUUCAUCGCUCUUCUUAGUUGGAGAUCUCCAAGGUGAGCCCAUCUAGUACGUGAUUAAAUGUGUAUGGGAAGACAAAGGACUGCAUUCUUUUUCAUGGGAUUAUGUUCCAAAACACCCUAGGAGAGUCGUUCUUGGUUUUGGGAUCAUCAGAAAGGUCCUAGGGAAGAUUCUUUGGCUUCAGUAUUGCUUUCCUCAAGCUUUUGUUUACAAAAAACUGCAUUCCUUGCAUAUGCAUAGAAAUACUUUGGGGAUGCCUUACAUUUCAGCUCAUGUUUCUGAAAGAAAAAAGGUAUGGUAUAUCCAUCAUACUGACUGCGCUUUCUUUGUCCCUUUGUAUUUUACCAAAGCAAAAAAAGAUUACAGUAUACAUAUAUGCUUUUAAAUGUAAAGAAGGAUCUACAUGAUUGGUUUGCUUUUGAAUCUGUAACUAUAAAAAAGUAUGCUUUGUGUGGAAGUGCACUUGAGAAUGUGCAGCUAUAUAUGAUGCAGCACUGCUGGAUUCUAUUUAAAAACAUAGUUUCUAUUUUUUUGGGGGUCUCCAUAGUUAGUAUUAAGUGUGGAGCUGAGUGGACAUAACUGGGAUAGUUUUGCAGAUGCUUCUUUCAGUACUGGUUCUUAAAAAGCCACAGUAAAAUGCAGGGAAAAAUGGAUCUGUUGAUUCACUGUCUUAAAUUAACACUUGCCAUCUGCGGUUGGUGCAGGUCAUUCAGGUAGCUUCAGCUGAAUUCUCAUAUGCUGAUAAAGCACUCUUAACGUGAGAGGCAUCCUUUUUUUUUUUUUUUUUUUUUUUUUCCCCCUCUGUAUUUCAAGGAAUAAAAAUUAGUUUGGAAGGAAACAAAGCAUUCCUUUUUUGCUUAAUUUUACAGUAUUUGAAUGAAGGUCUGCUUAAAUUGUGCUAGUGAACAUUGGAUAAUUUCACACAGGGCUAAGCACAAUUUCAUUGAAUGUAAGUUAUUGAAAUAUACGUUUAUUUCUGUAGCUAAAAGAUGAGGGUGUUUAUAUCAUGCAAUUCCUUCUAAUUUCAUUAUUUUGAUUUAAAACAAAACCACCUGCACAAACUGAGUGGGUCACUUACUUAUUGUGAGAGUAAAUGACAAGAAUUUUGUUACCAGUUAGCUGCAAAAGAGCCCUCUGUUGAGAACUGCAUCUAGCACAAAUGCCUUAACCCACGAAGGUGUCCAAACAGAACAGACAUCUGAAGACAGAGUGUCAAACUGCUGUCAGCUCUUACAAGUUGUCACAGUAAGUCCAUUAUUAUUUUUUUCAGUCAUUGCCUUGUGAAACUCAGUGAAUUAUGAAUGUCUGCAUUGUAAAUGAGUACACGAGCAGUGGUCUUCCCUGCAGUUAAAAGAAUCACAGUACAAAAUAGAGCCUUUUACAGGGGGCCUGUUCUAAGUGAAAAUGAACAUCUAAUUGAAGCACCAUUCCUUCCAUAAGCUGAAGUGACACAUCUCAACCCUGUGUUUGAUCCGUGACUCUUUGCUAUCCAGGAAAAUGAUGCAAAAAUGUAAAUUUGAAUUGAAUUUGUAUAUACAAGUAAAAGAUUUAAAAUAUUUCACUCUUUUCAUUGGAAAAUGUGCAGACUGAGCUUUUGGUAUGUGAUUUUUGUGAUAUCUUGACAGAUUUUAUAAAAAUAACCCAGAAAACCCUCCACUAAUGUUGUAUUACAAACUUUGUUGUUGUUGUUGUUUGAAAAGCAUAAACAAAACACUUGUACGGAGUCUAAGGAUGUAGGUUUGCCUCUGGUGGGUUCUUAAAAUGCAAGUCGGCUUUCUUUCAAGUUUUGUGAUGAUUUUUCAUAUUCCCAA